UCCCAAACACCACAGCCCCCGCACCACACCUCCUCCUUCCACUACACCUCUGAACCACUCAGAAUAAGAGCUCAUCGGAGACACAACCAAAUCACACGCGAGUCAACUGCGCAAAGCAGCCAGCUAGCCAUGGGCAAGGACUGCGGCAACCACGGCGACGACCACCUCCGGAACGGCUGCCGGCGCCUCCUGGCCGUGCUCCUGGUCCUGGCCUUCAUCGUCGCCAUCAUCACCCUCAUCGUCUACUUGGUGCUCCGCCCCACCCACCCGCGCUUUUUCCUCCAGGACGCCUCCCUCCGGCAGCUCAACCUCUCCAACUCCUCGGGCCUCCUCUCCACCUCCCUCCAGGUCACCGUAGCCUCCCGCAACCCCAACGACCGCGUCGGUGUCUACUACGACCGCCUCGACGUCUACGCCUCCUACAAGUACCAGCAGAUCACCGUCGCCGCCUCGCUCCCGGCGGUCUACCAGGGCCACGGCGACGUCGACGUAUGGUCACCAGUGCUCGACGGGCCCAACGUGCCCUUCGCGCCGUACCUCGCCAGCGCCAUCUCCCAGGACUGCCAGGCUGGCUACCUCAUCCUCCAGGUCAAGAUCGACGGCCGCGUCAGGUGGAAGGUCGGCAGCUGGAUCUCUGGCCAUUACCACCUCUUCGUCACCUGCCCGGCCUUCCUCGUCACCAGCGGCGGCAACGGCGCACCAGGGGCUAGCGGGUUCAAGUUCCAGACGACCACUUACUGCCACGUAGAGGUCUAGUUUUAUCACAGCUAGCUCCGGCGGUCCAGUCGCCGGCGAGAGGUAGGUUUCUUCUUGGCUUGUAUACCAUAGUGACCGCAGAGGCACAGAUCGGUGGCAAUAAUUACACUAUUAUAUGUGGGGUUAUAAGUGUAAAGCAGGGGUGCAUGGUUUACCAUUUACUCCUCCGUUCAAAAAUUCUUGUCUUACAUUUGUGUAGAUACGGAUGGAGUACUUUCCAUUGAUAAUCAUGGGGCAAUGCACAUGACUUGUUUCAUAACUGUAGUAGUACUGUACUAGAAUUUUGGAGUUCUGUUUGGUGGUUUGGUGUCAACAACCAGAUCGUAGGCAGCUCUCCCAUGGUCUGUGAUUUGGUGAAGCUUCGGAGAAAGUACAAAUGGGGACUCUGUGUUUCUGAUCCCAUGUCCAAGAACAAAAGGUAGUUGGAUAGUCCCUCUCA